UCCCAUUCACCAAACCUACAAAUUUCAUUAGUUUUGCAACUUUUCUCUUCAGUCGUAAGCAAAAUGGCCACCACAACAAACCUACUGCUUACAGACCUCAUGUCUGGUGUGAACCAUAUCCCUUCAAACUACAUCAGACCCAUCUCCGAUCGUCCAAAUUUCACUGAUUUUCAGGUAUCAGAUGCCUCCUCCAUUCCUCUCAUUGAUCUCAAGGACCUCCAUGGCCCAACGCACUCGGAUAUUAUCAAACAGAUUGGUCUAGCAUGCCAGACUGAUGGUUUCUUUGAGGUGAAAAAUCAUGGAGUUCCAGAGAUAAUGAUAAAAGACAUGUUGAAUAUAGCAAGAGAGUUUUUCCAAUUACCAGAGAGCGAGAGGUUGAAGAUGUACUCAGAUGACCCUUCUAAGACAACCAGGCUCUCCACCAGUUUUAACGUCAGGACUGAAAAACUGUCCAAUUGGAGGGACUUCCUUAGGCUCCAUUGCUACCCUCUUCAAGACUAUGUCCAAGAAUGGCCUAACAAUCCCCCAUUGUUCAGGGAGCAAGUGGGUGAGUACUGCACAAAUGUGAGAGGAUUGGUGCUGAGAUUGCUUGAGGCCAUAUCAGAGAGUUUGGGCUUGGAAAAGAACUGUAUUGUUAAGGCAUUGGGGAAGCAAGGGCAGCAUAUGGCUUUGAAUUACUAUCCACCUUGUCCUCAACCAGAGCUGACUUAUGGAUUGCCUGGACAUACUGAUGCCAACCUAAUCACCGUCCUUCUCCAAGAUGAAGUGCCUGGAUUGCAGGUCCUUAGAAAUGGCAAGUGGGUUGCUGUCAACCCUAUUCCCAACACUUUCAUUGUCAAUAUUGGGGAUAUGAUGCAGGUAAUUAGCAACAAUCGGUACAAGAGUGUACUCCAUAGAGCUGUGGUAAAUUGUAACUCAGAGAGAAUAUCGAUCCCAACUUUCUAUUGUCCAUCACCAGAUGCAGUAAUUGGGCCUGCCAAGGAGCUCAUCAACUAUGACCACCCAGCCAUGUACAGAAACUUCACAUAUGCCGAGUACUAUGAGAAAUUCUGGAAUAAAGGACUUGCAACUGAGUGCUGCUUAGACUUGUUUAAACCCAUUUGAACAUGUGCGUGCAAUUUCAUGUCACUAGCUUUGGACAAGUACACAAAUGACCUCAAAAAAUGGUCUACUUUAGUUUGAGUGUUUCAGUAGUAUGUCUAUUUAUCUGAAAUAGAUAUUGAAACUAUUUUUAUUUUUCAUUUCAUUUUUAAGUUUAAGAAUAAAUACGAAAAUAAAAGGUAUGUAAUUUACAUUAGAAUCAAUAAAGUAUCACAAUGAUGUCGAUAUUGUUGAUGUCCAUUUGAAUUUGCUACAAUAAUAAAGUUAUUUGAGAAUUGUACAA